UGUGCGUGCGCGCUCCCGAGCAGAGGGAAGAUGGCGGAUGUUUGGAGUGUGAAGAUUCAUGAGUGAAGCUGAUAAAGAGAAACACAAACAACAGAAGAAACGAGCGGACAACACACAUACACACAGACAGAGAGAGAGAGAGAGAGAGAGAGAGAGAGAUCUACAGACAGACUGCAUCAUGUCUCGCUGCUCAGACGGUGAAGACGGCUGCUUCGUUGCCAUGGAGACGGAGGAGGGCAUGCAGACGGCGGACGUGAAGACAGAGGAGGCAGACAGACCGGCGGCGAGCGUUCACAGCAUGAGAGAACUGCCAGAGGAAGUGCUGGAGUAUAUUCUGUCCUUCCUCUCCCCCUACCAGGAGCACAAGACCGCCGCCCUGGUGUGCAAACAGUGGUAUCGCCUCAUCAAAGGUGUGGCGCACCAGUGUUAUCACGGCUUCCUGCGGGCCAUUCAGGAUGGGAACAUCCAGUGGGAAAGCCGCACGUAUCCUUAUCCUGGAACACCAAUAACACAACGCUUCUCACACAGUGCGUGUUACUACGACUCCAAUCAGUCCAUGUACGUGUUUGGGGGCUGCACUCAGAGCAGCUGCAACGCUGCGUUUAAUGACCUGUGGCGUCUGGAUCUCAACAGUAAAGAGUGGAUCCGCCCGCUCGCGUCAGGUUCAUAUCCGUCACCUAAAGCCGGAGCCACGCUGGUCAUGUAUAGAGACCUGCUGGUGCUGUUCGGCGGCUGGACACGGCCCAGUCCUUAUCCACUACACCAGCCCGAGAGAUUCUUUGAUGAGAUCCACACCUACUCGCCCUCCAAGAACUGGUGGAACUGUAUCGUCACGACUCAGGGGCCACCGCCCAUGGCAGGUCACUCCUCUUCUGUGAUUGGCAGUAAAAUGAUCGUGUUCGGCGGGUCUCUGGGUGCUCGGCAGAUGAGUAAUGAGGUUUGGGUUCUGGAUCUGGAGCAGUGGUCCUGGUCUAAACCCAUCAUCAGCGGUGCAUCUCCUCACCCGCGGGGUGGACAGUCUCAGAUCGUUAUCGAUGUUGACACGCUGCUCAUUCUGGGAGGCUGUGGAGGUCCUAACGCUUUACUGAAGGAUGCCUGGCUGCUGCACAUGAGCGCCUCCACCUGGACGUGGGAGCAAGUACGAGUGGAAAAUGAAGAUCACGGAGCGCCGGAGCUGUGGUGCCACCCGGCCUGCAAGGUGGGUCAGUGUGUGGUGGUGUUCUCUCAGGCGCCGUCGGGCCGCGCCCCUCUCAGCCCGAGUCUCAACUCUCGCCCCUCCCCCAUCAGCUCGACACCUGCCCCGCUGGGCCCUGACCUGCCCUCCCACCGCUCCCAGUCUCCGGUUCGCAGCGGGGCAGCGGGCGCAGUCCUGGGUGCGGUGGAGGAGGCGCCCUGCGUUAACGGCCGGUGGGGAACCCUGCGGCCCAGAGCGUCGGCCAGAGCGCGAGAUGGAAGCCCAUCUGCCUCGCAACAACAUUCGCCCUCGCAGGGGCCUGACAGCCCCCCGCUGCUCAACGGCUCCUCGCCCUCCCCCCGCACCAGCCCUGUGCAGGCAGCGUCUCCGCCGGCGCGCCCCCACGCUCACGUGCCUGCAGACUAUAGCUGGGAUGGAUUGCCUGCGACCGAGGCCGUAGGCUCCAACGGGCUGCACACGCCACCUCAGGCUGCCUCGCCGCACACCCCACCGGGCGCUGUGUCUCCCGCCGCUCUGCGCAGAGGUCUAGAGGCCGUCAAAGCCUCCUCGUCGCUGCCCACCUCUUCCUCGCUGUCUCAGCCGGGCACCUCCGUGCCCGCUGGCACGCCCCCGGCCUCCUCCAGCCCCCCGCAGGCUGCAGCAGCAGAUGGUCACUCAAUCCCUCCCAUCGCGCGCCGGCUGGGUCACCACCCGCCGCAGAGCUUGAACGUGGGCAAGCCUCUGUACCAGUCGCUUAACUGCAAACCCAUGCAGAUGUACCUGCUAGACAUUUCUCGUGCCAAGUCGGACGGCGUGGUGUCAUGGAAGGUGUACGGUAGCGGCGGAGCACCCGGCGCCGUCACCGGACCGCCAGAGACCAGCCUGCACACAGUGGUUCAGGGCCGAGGAGAGCUCAUCAUCUUCGGCGGCUUGAUGGACAAAAAGCAGAAUGUGAAAUAUUAUCCCAAAACCAACGCCUUGUACUUCGUCCGCGCUAAGAGGUAAUGGAUGCCCGCUGGACAACUGCUGCCCGUACACUACUUUACCUUCAAACACAGCUCCACACCUAUAAAGGACAGGCAAACAGAGUCGGUGUUUAAUUGAAUAAUGAAUGCCUGAUGUUUUAGCUGUGUGUGUGUGCGUGUGCGUGUGUGCGCGUGUGUGUGUGUGUGUGUGUGUGUGUGUGUGAGAGAGAGAGAGAAAUAUUGAAGGGAAUGCUUGCCUGUUUCUGUUGCAUUUUACUCUCAGAAACUUUCAUCUGACUAAAGAGACAUAACAUUAGUUGGUGACAAGGAUGAAAUUCUUUUUUUUUACUACAGCCUGCAUUGUUUACAUUAAACGUGUGUGUGUGUGUGUGUGUGUGUGUGUGUGUACGUGCGUGCGUGCGUGUGUGUGUUGUGGAGGCAGUGAAUUGUAAACAGAAAAUAAAGUUCUCCAUGUCUUAACUCUCAUUUUUACUCUCUUUAUCCUGUUUUGAAUCCACUGUAUAGAUCAUUGUGUAGAUUUCAUCUGAAUCGUGAUAUGUGCAUGGAGAAGACACACACACACCAAUGGUCAUUUGUGUGAACACAGUUCUCUAAACAUCAAGAUUUUUUUAAACAUUUCUUUCGUUUAUGUGAAAGUAGUUUUUUAAUAUAGGUUUAUUCAAAUAAUGAAAAAACAACACGACUUAAAGCUUGUUACGCAUAAUUUAAGCACGGUUUUACCGUGAUAUCUGUAAUAAAGUUAUGGCUACAAACAUGGUGGUCGAGGUUACUAUAGUUCACUUUAAUAAAAUUUGUUUAAUUUGAGUUAUUUCUAUUUAUUAUACCUUAAUGAUUUUAUCUCUUUUAAAGUGUGUGAUUGUGUGUGCACGUGACUUCAUCACUUUGCUUGUUUUGUGACGUGAACGUAACUUGUUCAGUUAGUGUUUCUGUUUAGUUUAAGUAUAAUUAAAAUGUAUGUUUAGUUCUGUUUGUUGUUCAGUCUGUUGUUGUGUUUUGGUUGAUGAAUGUGAAUUUAGACGCAUUUUCCUCCACGUCGUAACCUUUAACCCAUUUUGAGUUCCUUCUGCGGCAUCUCGACUGUGAUUGGCUGAGCGCGGGGGAGGCUGUGAGGUGGCGGAGGAGCCGCGCUGCCAUUGGCCGUGCGGUCGCGAGGGGCGGGGCUUCGACUCGGGAGUUUCGUGUUUACGAGAGAGUGAAUGACAAACAGAGACGCGGUGAGAAACUUUCACGCGUUAUCUUUCUUUCUCAAGUUUAUCAAACGUCAUAUUUCCCGCACGGAUGUCAGCGCGAGGGAUGGAUGUGAAGACUCAUCUUCAGGCUCAGACAGUGAAGUCUAUCGCUGUGGGACACCAACACAACCAUCAGGGCGUGUCCAGUGCUUUAGUGUCCAUCUAUCAGCGUGAAGGUGUGCUGGGUCU